AUGCCUAAUGACUGUGCCGAAUUAAAAGCCCAUCACCAGGCUAAACAAAUAAAUAUUGACGGAAAUGAAAAACAAUUAAAUGAUGGAAAUUAUACUGUUAUGCUUAAUGGCUAUAAAAUUAUCGUUUAUUGCCAUCAAAUGAAUGAAACCAUUCCAAAAACUUAUUUAAAUUUACGUCCCGAAAGUAAUUUUGCUGAAUUUUAUGGGAAAAGACUUGCCUACCCCUAUUCUUGCCCCCAUAAUGGUCUUCGAAACGAUAGCUGUGCUUGUACAAAUGAUGGCCAUGUCAGCCAAGGUUUUACGAGAUAUAACAAAGUUCGCAUUGACCUUCACAAUAUGAAAAUUAAUCCAAAUGACUAUACAUUUGCUGUAACUGAAUACGGUAGUCCUGUAGCUUUUGGCACCGCUGGGGAUUGUUAUUCAAUGAGUGAUUGCCCACAAGGUCGUUUUUCAAUAGAUCUCCGUGGCACUGAUCUUCGAAUAGUUCAUGACUUGGAAUGGGUCAAUCAAGGGCAUAGGACAAGUGUUAGAAUUGAACGCUUUGAAAAUAAUGCUCUAAUUCAAGGACUUUGUGGUGGAUAUUGUGGAGAAUGCUCACCUGACCGCUUUAAAGGAUUAAUUAUAGCUGUAGACAAUAAAAUUAAAAAUUUAUAA